GCGUCCUGCAGGUAGCCCGCAGGCGUCCUGCAGGUAGCCGCCGCCCAGCGGGUCAGCGGAGGAGGAGGAGGAGGAGGAGCCCGCCCGAGGACCGCAGUGGCCCAGCGAACGAGGCCUUCAGGCUGUUGAUCUGAGCCCUUCCCCGAGAGGCUGACCACCGUUUCUUAUCGGUUGAGGCCCCGGCUGGCCCCUCGAUCGAUCGUGUAGGUAAGCCGAACCCGGAGGUGACCGGCUCACCGUGCGUGUGGUGGCUCUGUCUCCUGCAGUGGUGACUUCCCUCCGGGCCCCGGCGAGCAUGGCCCUCUUCAGACAGUUCUCGCUUCUCCUCUGGAAGAACUUCACGCUACAGAAGCGGCAGGUCCUGGUCUCCUUGGUGGAAGUCUCGCUGCCGCUGCUGUUUGCCGCCAUCCUGAUCGCGCUGCGCCUCAGGGUGCUCUCCGUGGGCCACCCCAACAUCACCACCUACCCCAGCCUGGGCAUCGACGAGCUGCCCCCGCUCUUCCAGCAUCCGCGCUCGGGCGUCCAGUGGGAGCUGGCCUACGUGCCCUCAGGCAGCGUGGCCGUGCGGGAGGUGGCCGAGGCCGUGGAGAGGUCCCUGCGCGCCGGCCUCCGUGUUCGAGGCUUCCCCACCGAGAGAGACUUCGAGGAUUACGUCAAGUCCGACAACCGGUCCGGCAACGUCCUGGCGGCCGUGGUGUUCGAGCACUCCUUCAACCACAGCUGGGACCCCCUGCCGCUUCAGGUGACGUACAGGCUGCGCUUCAAGUCCAGCCCGCGGAACGCCCCCAGGAGCGAGCAGACCGGCCUCAGCCCUAACCUGGACCGUGACUGGCAUACCGGCUACCUGUUCCCGCUCUUCCAGCUCCCUGGACCACGAGAGGCCUCCUUCCCCGACGGGGGGACCCCUGGCUACCUGCGCGAGGGCUUCCUGGCGGUACAGCACGCCGUGGACCGAGCCGUGAUGGUCCAGCACGCGGCCGCGCCGGCCGCCCGGCUGCUGGACCGCGUGGCCGUGGCCCUGAAGCGGUUCCCGCACCCGCCGUACUUCGACGACGUCUUCAUCCUGGCCAUCCAGAACCAGUUGCCGCUGCUGCUCAUGCUCAGCUUCACCUACACCUCCCUCAACGUCGUCCGCGCCGUCGUGCACGAGAAGGAGAAGAAGCUGAAGGAGUAUAUGCGCAUGAUGGGGCUCAGCAGCUGGCUGCACUGGACGGCCUGGUUCCUCAUGUUCUUCCUCCUCCUGCUAGUGUCUGCCUUCUUCGUCACCGUGCUCCUGUGCAUCAAGGUAAGUGAGGAAGGGGCGGUUCUCCGAAACAGCGAUCCCACCUUGGUGUUUGCCUUUCUGACCUGCUUCUCCGUGUCCACCAUCUCCUUCAGCUUCAUGGUCAGCACCUUCUUCUCCAAAGCCAACGUGGCCGCGGCCGCCGGAGGCUUCCUCUACUUUUUCUCCUACAUCCCGUACUUCUUCAUCGCCCCGCGCUACGACGUGAUGUCGCACAGCCAGAAGCUGGCCUCCUGCCUCAUUUCCAACGUUGCCAUGGCCAUGGGGGCCCAGCUGAUCGGCAUGUUUGAGGGCAAAGAGACCGGCGUCCAGUGGAGCGAGCUGAUGAAGCCGGUCAGCGUGGACGACAACUUCACCCUGGCCCAGGUGCUGGGCAUGCUGCUUCUGGACUCGGUUCUGUACGGCCUGGUCACCUGGUACAUGGAGGCCGUCUUCCCCGGAGAGUUCGGACUGCCCCAGCCCUGGUACUUCUUCCUGACGCCCUCCUACUGGAGUGGGCACCCAAGGACGGCCGUGGGCCGAGAAAAAGAAGAAGAAGAGGAUCCCGAGAAAGCGCUGAAAAGCCAGUACAUCGAAGAGGAGCCUGCGGGCCUGGUGUCGGGAAUCAAGAUCAAGCAUCUGGCCAAGGUGUUCAAAGUGGGGAAUAAGAGCAGAGAAGCGGUCCGAGACCUGACGGUGAACAUGUUCGAAGGCCAGAUCACGGUCCUUCUGGGACACAAUGGAGCUGGGAAGACCACCACCUUGUCCAUGCUUACAGGCCUGUACCCCCCGACCCGCGGGCAGGCGUACAUCAACGGGGCCGAGAUCUCCCAGGACAUGGUUCUGAUCAGGAAGAGCCUGGGCCUGUGCCCCCAGCACGACGUCCUGUAUGAUAAGCUGACGGUGGCCGAGCACCUCUACUUCUACGCCGGGCUGAAAGGAGUGUCGCGGUGGAAGUGCCCCGAAGAGAUGGAGCGCACCCUGGCCGUCCUGGGGCUGGAGGAGAAGCGCCACACGCAGUCCCGAGCCCUGAGCGGGGGCACGAAGCGCAAGCUGUCCAUCGGCAUCGCUCUCAUCGGAGACUCCAAGGUGCUGAUGCUGGACGAGCCCACGUCCGGCAUGGACCCGGCCUCCCGCCGAGCCACCUGGGAUCUCCUGCGGCAGCAGAGGAGCGGCCGCACCGUCCUGCUGACCACCCACUUCAUGGACGAGGCCGACCUGCUGGGAGACCGCAUAGCCAUCAUGGCCAAGGGGGAGCUUCAGUGCUGCGGGUCUCCCCUCUUCCUCAAGCACAAAUACGGAGCCGGGUACCACAUGGUCAUGGUGAAGGAGCCCCACUGCGACCUGGAGGGCAUUUCCCACCUGAUCCGCCGCUCCGUGCCCAACGCCACCCUGGAGAGCAAUGCCGGGGCCGAGCUCUCCUUCAUCCUGCCCAAGGAGAGUACUCACAGGUUUGAAGCUCUGUUCACAGAGCUGGAACAGAAGCGGGCCGAGCUAGGCAUCGCCAGCUACGGUGCGUCCGUCACCACCAUGGAGGAAGUCUUCCUUCGGGUGGGCAAGCUGGUGGACUCGAGCAUGGACAUCCAGGCCAUCCAGCUGCCGGCGCUGCAGUACCAGCACGAGCGCCGCUCCAACGACUGGGCCCCGCUGGACGACUCCAGCAGCCUGAGCGGGGCCACGGACGGGACCGACGACGGCGCCGGCGCCCUCAUCACCGAGGACUGCUCCAACGUCAAGCUCAACACCGGGGUGUCCCUGGGCUGCCAGCAGUUCUACGCCAUGUUCACCAAGAGGGCCGUGUACACCUGGCGGAACUGGAAGAUGGUGGUGGCGCAGUUCCUGGUGCCCCUCAUCUUCACGGCCUUCGCUCUGGUGGUGGCCAGGACCUUCCCGGGCCCGCGGGACUCCCCGCUCCUGCGUCUGACCCUGGAGCCCUACGGGCACACGGCCGUGCCCUUCGCCGUCUCGGCCGGGGCGUCCGAGCUGGGCCGGCGGCUGGCGGAGCAGCUGGCGGAGACCCUGCGGGCCCGGCGCCAGGAGCCUCUGGAGGUGCAAGGCGACCUGGAGGAGUUCCUGGUCUUCAGGGCGUCGGAGGAGGGCGGGGCUUUCCGAGAGCACUGCAUCGUGGCCGCCGCCUUUGACGGCAUCGACAACCGCACGCUGGUCACCGCCCUGUUCAACAACCAGGCCUACCAUUCCCCCGCUGCGGCCCUCGCCCUGGUGGACAACGUCCUCUUCAAGCUGCUGGCGGGGCCCAACGCCUCCAUCACCGUCAGCAACUUCCCUCAGCCCCGCAACAUCGCUGAGACGGCCAAGGACCAGCUCAUGGAGGGCCAGACGGGCUUCGCCAUUUCCAUCAACCUGCUGUACGGCAUGGCCUCCCUGGCGAGCACUUUCUCCCUGCUGCUGGUCAGCGAGCGGGCCAGCAAGGCCAAGCACGUCCAGUUUGUCAGCGGGGUCUACGCCGUCAACUUCUGGCUCUCCGCCCUGCUGUGGGACCUCAUCAACUUCCUCGUGCCCUGCCUGCUGAUCCUGGUGGUCUUCCAGGCCUUCGACGUGGAAGCGUUCACCCACGACAGGCACCUGGCGGACGUGAUGCUGGUCUUCUUGCUGUACGGCUGGGCCGUCAUCCCCCUCAUGUACCUGCUCAGCUUCUGCUUCUCUGUGGCCGCCACGGCCUACACCCGCCUCACCGUCUUCAACAUCCUCACGGGCACCGCCGCCUUCCUCGCCAUCACCAUCAUGUCCAUCCCAGAGCUCGGACUACUGGACCUCUCGCGGACUCUGGACAAGGUGUUCCUGGUGCUGCCCAACUACUGCCUGGGCCAGUGCGUCAGCCUCUUCUACCAGAACUACGAGUUCAUCCAGUUCUGCACCUCCUCCGUGGAGGCUGUUUUCAUCUGCAAGGCCUUCAACAUUAGCUACCAGCUGGAUUUCUUCGCGUGGGAGACUCCGGGGAUCGGGACGUACCUGACCUCCAUGGCCGUCCAGGGCGUCUGCUUCCUCCUGCUGCUGUUCCUCGUCGAGGCCGACCUCCUCUGGAGGCUGCGGAGGCUGGUGUGGGGCACGUGCAGGAGGCGCAAGUGGGCGCAGCUGCUAGAACGGGCGGCCCCAUUGCCUGAAGACCGGGACGUGGCUGAUGAGCGUAAGAAAGUCCUGGAGUCCCCUCCCGAGCUGCCGUCCGCUCCGAGCAGCCCCCUGGUCAUCAAGGAGCUCACCAAGGUGUACGGGGGCAGCGGCUGCCUCCUGGCCGUGGACCGGAUCUCCCUGGCCGUCGGCAAGGGCGAGUGUUUCGGCCUGCUGGGCUUCAACGGGGCUGGCAAGACCACCACCUUCAAGAUGCUCACGGGCGACGAGAGCGUCACGGCGGGGGACGCCUACGUGGACGGCCACAGCAUCCUGGCCGACAUCAAGAAGGCGCAGCAGCGCAUCGGCUACUGCCCGCAGUUCGACGCCCUGCUGCCCCACAUGAGCGGGCGGGAGACGCUCAGCAUGUACGCGCGGCUGCGGGGGGUCCCCGAGCGGUACGUGGGCAGCUGUGUGGAGAACAUGCUGCGUGGCCUCCUCCUCGAACCCCACGCCGACCGGCUGGUCAGAGUAUACAGCGGCGGGAACAAGCGGAAACUGAGCGCCGGCGUGGCCCUGAUUGGCGGGCCCCCGGUCAUCUUCCUGGACGAGCCGUCCACCGGCAUGGACCCGGUGGCCAGGCGCCUGCUCUGGGACGCCGUGACGCGGGCCCGCGAGGGGGGCAAGGCCAUCGUCAUCACCUCCCACAGCAUGGAGGAGUGCGAGGCCCUGUGUACGCGGCUGGCCAUCAUGGUGAACGGGCAGUUCAAGUGCCUGGGCAGCCCGCAGCACCUGAAGAGCAAGUUCGGCAGCGGCUACACCCUCCUCGCCAAGACCCGGGCGGAGGACCAGCUGCCGGCUUUCAAGGCGUUCGUGGAGAAGACCUUCCCAGGCAGCGUCCUGAAGCACAGGCAUCAAGGGCUGGUCCACUACCACCUGACCAACAAGAACCUCAGCUGGGCCCAGGUGUUCGGCACCCUGGAGAAAGCCAAAGAGAAGUUGGGGCUGGAAGACUAUUCCGUCAGCCAGAUCUCGCUGGAGCAAGUCUUCCUGAGUUUCACCCACUUUCAGCACUACACUGAGGACCGGGGGAAGUGAAGGAGGACACCCGGGCCCUCCCCGCAGCCUCCGGCCCGGCACCCACCCACCCCCAGCCCCCCUUAGACGCCCCAGGCCAACACUUAGUAUAUAGAGAGAGAGAGAGAAAGAGAGAGAGAGGGGGCGGCACAGUAAUUUAUAUUCCCAACGUGUCUUAAUGUAUAAUUGUAAGGGAGCUGAGGGGACCAAGGGCAGCCAGCCUGGGAGGGCAGGGAUGCGGUGAGGGCUGCGACGGUUGCCGUAUGUGGCGGGACUGGGGAGGGGCUCGGCACCCCAUCUGCCUCGGCCGCAGACCCCACGGGCGGGUAGGGGCCGAGCGGGACAUCCCGCACCCAUCCCCACCCGUCCCGGACACCGUGGAGGAGUCCGGUUCAGCAGGUUGUGGGGAUGGGGUGUGUUUUUCUGGUCCUCCCACCCCUGGCUGUCGUCCGGCUGGAGCUGCCCCCUGCGAGGGACGGUGGGGAGAGUCACCGGCGCACUGUCCAGGGAACAUUACCUGCCUCAGAGCCCUGCACGGGUGUGCGUGUGCGUGUGUGUGUGUGUCUGUGCAAUGCAUGGGCUUCUGGGGUGUGUGUUUGUGUGUGUGUGUGUCCGUCCACGCACGGUGCGUGGGCCUCUGCGGUUUGUGUGUGCGUGCGUUUGUCCGGUAGUCUGUAUGUACCGUGUGUGUAGCUAUGCAUACGUAGAUGUGUCAGUGUCUGCUGUGUCCGUGAGAAGCGGCGAGGCCUAGUGGAAAGAGCACCGGGACCUGAGUUCUAAUCCGGACUCUGCCACGUGCCUUCAGGGUGACC